GCUUUUGCUCAGUUCACUCACACAUGAGUACUGGUUCCACCACACUUAAUUUGGAUAUGAAAAAAUGUGCCUUUUAUAUAACAAGCAGCAACGUCGCAUAUACUGCAUAUACAGCGCAAUGAUACGCACACACAUGCACGAGUUAAAAUUUGUUCUGUGGGAUAGAGAUGAAAUAUAAACGAAUGUCUGAAAUUCUGUCUUCGUCUAACGCAAAUUGCCUUGCACGUUAGUGAGAUUACAAAUACAUAGAUUGCUAUAUUUGUUGCAAUCGCGAUAGUGACUUAUUUUUAUGCUGCGUAGUUUUCAUUUCCUUCAUUCCCAUCGAAAAGUUGAGUCGUGUGAUUAGUUUUCCUCUACAAUAUUCAUUUGGAACAACAUAACAAAACAAAAGCAGAUCUUUUGUUGCCAUUGUUAUUUAUUCAAAUAAAAUUUCAUUCAAUAUUUUGAUUGAGAGUGUGUGUUUUAAUUUGCAAAAAUUGAAAAUCAGAAAUAUAAAUAGUUCGAUCGGAUCGACUGUAUAAACAUUUUUUGUACUUUCUGGGGAUAAUAAAAACAUUUUUAAGAGACGUAAACCAAGAAAAUAGCAAUGCAAAAAUAAGUUUCAAGCUGUUAUAAAUAUUCAGUUUUGAUUUCAUUGUCGAUUGCUUGUGUAUGUGAUAAGUGAAAGGAAAUUUUUUGCCUGAAUUUUAGAAGAGCAAAGGGCAACCAUCAUAAAGAUUAUAUAAGACUAUUCGGCCAACUUAGUCGUAGCUUACAUCAGCAAAUUGAAUUGAAACACAUUCUUAAUCGUCGACGAGCGAGCUUCAAAACUUAAUUCAGAAAAUAGAAUAUCACUUUUUUUUGUUUCGCAUACGGAGUACUUUGUCGUUGAAUCGAUUUAUUUCCCUAAAAAGUGCUGACCAAAUUCAAAUUAAUCUACGAAAAUCGCUCUUGCAAACCACGAAACUACCGUAUUUUGUCUAUUUACAUCGUUACCGAAUAAAAAUCUUUCAACAUAUCAUACUAUUAUCAUUUUGCCAAUAUGGCGGACAGUAUAGUUGAACCGAGUAGCUCCGCAUCGGUAUCAUCUAUAUCGCCGUUAAUGCAAAACCAACAACAGGCCGUCAAUCUGAAUGUGCUUAAUUCAAAUAUCAUUCCGAUAAUAUCGGCUGAUAUUCAAGUGGACACGGCCUCUUCGCAAUCAAAUCCGAGACCACCACCCAUUAAUCAAUCGGCCAACAAUAACAAUGCGAACCUGAGCACUGAUACAAGCUCGGCUGGAAAUGAUGAGCCAGAAGCCAAACGUAAAAAAACUGAAUCAACGCCAAUACCAAGUACAUCACAGACAAGUGAAAAGCUUGAAUCCCGUCUCGGUGGAAUUUUGUGUUGUGCCGUUUGUUUGGAUUUGCCUAAAACAGCAAUGUAUCAGUGUCAAAUGGGUCACCUGAUGUGUGCUGCAUGUUUCACACAUUUGUUGGCUGAUGGCAGAUUACGUGAUCAGGUUGCCACUUGUCCGAAUUGUCGGGUUGAGAUUUCCAAGUCGACAGCGUCGCGCAAUUUAGCUGUUGAGAAAGCAGUUAGUGAGCUACCCAGCGAGUGUCAGUUCUGUGGGAAAGAAUAUCCAAGCAAAUCACUGGAGCAUCACGAAAAAACCGAAUGUGAGGAGCGUCCGACAAAUUGCAAGUACCAGCGUAUUGGUUGCCAAUGGAAAGGGCCUAUUCAUGAAUCAACGGAACAUGAAGCAAAUUGCCUGCACCCCAAAAAAACAGGAGCCGAGGUGAUGUUAGCACUGCAAGAAAAUGACGUCCAAAUGAACGAGGAACGUAAGCUGUUCUUCACCUUGAUCGAACUUCUAAGCUACGAGAAAAUAAUCUUCAAUGACUUAUGCUGGAAGCCAUACAGGACCGAUGAGUACGUGCACAAACUGUUCUAUGAAACUUCGCGAUUCACAGCAUUCAAUCAUCAAUGGGUGGUGAAAGCGCGGAUUAAUAAUUCGCAACGUGACCCACAUACAGUCAACGACCGAAAACUCACUUAUCAGUUGAUAUUGAAGACAAAAACAUCAACUCCACUAUCAAUUCACUUCUUUGCUUUGAAAGGGCCAUUUUAUGAUAUGAAAGUAAACACACAAAUCUACAAACACGAUUUCACAGAUCAAGAAAAUGAAAGUCCAUAUUUCUUGUUGCCGUUGCUCGACAGUUCAGAAUGCAAUCGCCUGCUGGCCAGCAAAGCAAUUAAUUUCCGUUUAAUUAUGUUUUUGCUUUCAAAGUAAAUCGCCGUGAAGAAUUCUGAGAAGAAAUACUUCUUAGUUCAAAAACAUAACUAUGUUUAUUUAAAUAACUUUGAUAUAUGACGAUUGUUCUACAUUUAAUGAUAUUGUUUGAGAAAUUAUUUGAAGUAAACGUAGGAAAACAGAUAUAAUAACGAUAAUGAAAAGCCUGCAUAACAAGUCUGGGUUUAAAAAGAAUAAUUGAAAAGAUUAUAAGAAGAUUCAGUUCAAAGACAACAUUCUUUAAUCACAAUUACCGUUCAUAUUGAUAUAGUUUGAAUUCGCACAUUAAAAAAUCAUUUAAUUAUUCGAUGACAGUUACGUAGAUUCAUAACAUCAAAGCUGUGUUCACAAUAGCUUGAUAACCAAAUUUUUGUUUCAUUAUUUCCAUAUAUUUCGUUUAUGUGUUGCAAUACGUUAAUGUGCAUAAAAUCAAAACAUUUUCGAUUAUUUUAUUCAUCUAACGAAUAAGCAAAAGCAGUGCUCCAUUGGAAUAUUUUUCAAAUGAAUAAUAUAUUCAAGACAAGUUCUAUUCGUUUUAGAUUUUAAGGCGUAUAAAUGUGUGGAAAAUUUAUCAAGCAUCAUACAACCAAAAUUCAUAGUAGAAAAAUCAUUUUUCGCUGUUGUAAAUAUUUGCGCGAUACAUUUUUCUCAUUCGUUUGCAAUCAUUGAUUUUUUUAUAUUCAUUACGAUAUAAGUCAAUAAGUAAUAUAAAAUAUAACACUUUAUUCUUUUCAAUAGAUUAUAUAGUUACAAUAGCGUAAAAUUCAAUUGAAACCCCUUACCUUUCAACCUUUUCUUUGAAAAGAUACAGCUUCUUUUGGUUUUUGGUUAAAUUUGAAUUGUGUUGGAGAGAAAGUGCAAAUAUCUGAUUAACCCCUGAUAUCAGCCGUGAAAAGUGGUUUUCACUAAAAUUUCUCAUUAAUAAAGUUGUAUAAUUCAAUCAUAAAAGGUCAAAUCUUUGAAGAUAGAGUUUAAAUUGAUCUAAUUGCAUAUUUUCUUCUUGUUAUUUUUAACGUUUCAAAACUUCAAGAACUCAAACAGCAUCACAGAAAAAUAUUACGCAAAUGAACUCUUAUCAUGCAUUGACAAAUAAUUACAAUUUUAAUUCUCGGAAUUAACUAUUUAUUUUCCUUGUGAAAAACUUCAUUUCUCCACAAUACUUCAUUGUUAUGCCAUAUUAGGUUUGUUUUCGCUUUAAUUUUAAUAUAAGGAAUGCGAAUGAAUUAAAAAAAAAACCAUAGAGCUUAAAGAAUAUUUUAUAAAGAUAAUACUAUUAGACUAUUGAAUAAAAUUUAAUUUUGCAUUAAUGCAAAAA